AUGGUCCCCAGGGGCGAUACCAGCGACCUCAUCUUCGCUUGGCUCACCAACAACUUCGAGGAGAGGUUUGGCUCGAUCCUGUCGCGCGAGGAGGCCUACGACCCCUACGUGGCCCACUGCGAGCGCAUGCACUACGAGCACACCACCCUCGCCGUCUUCGCCAAGCUCUUCAAGGAAGCUUUCCCCGGCGUGCUCACGAGGCGGCUGGUGCGCGGCCGAGACGGGCAGAAGCGGUGCUACGUGGGCGUGGCUUUCCGCCCGCGGCCCGGGUCGGACUUGGCCCCGCCUCGGUGGCCCCGCCCGGCCUCGGCACCGGCACCCACCAUCACCUGGGUCGAAGAGAACCGCGCGAUGCGACCAGACGCCGGCGCAGGACGGAAGCGAGCGCGUGACCUAGGCGGCGGUGUGACCAGCGUGAGUAGCACCAACCAACACCCACCGCUCGCGACGACCGGCUCGUGCACGACUGCCGUCACCCCGACGAGUGAUGACGGUGACGACGCGGCGCAUUGCUACGACGAAGAGGAAGCGGAGGUGAGACAGGACGUCGAGCACUACCAGGAGGAAGUGGUGGCGGUCGGAAGGACCGGGGCUCACCUCGAGCCGACAGCCGUGCUCGAAUAUCUCGUUCAACUGUACGUCAAGGAGCUGUGGGGCAUCAACCCGAUCAACCCGGCGACGACGGACAUCGAAACGCUGCGGACGGGCGUGGGAUCGGAGGAGGAGAGCUCCUCGCUCACCCUCGCCAGCUGCCUACUCAUGAGCAGCACGAGCUUCCUGGCAGGCCACUGGCAACUUGCCAAGCACUACUUCUACCUGGCGCGCCGGCACCUGGGCGAGCUGUUUGACAUUCCUGACUACGACGUCGCCUGUGCGCUGUUCCCGCUGGCCUGGUGGAGCCGCCUCUACGCCAACAAUUAUGAAGAGGGUCUGAGCAAGCAGAGCUACUACCUCACGGUCGGUAAGCAGAUCUGCGAGAGCGUGGACGCACAAAACGACGAAACUUAUCGGAGCUUCACCUACGUUGGCGGUGAGUGGGCGCUCACAUCACUGCUGCUGCGCCAUUAUCAGCAUCAGCUCCAACCUCGCGAAGAAGACCCGUCGGAGAUCAUCGCGGCAUCGAAGCUGCGAGAGCCCUAUCGCCGGAAGUGGAAGCCUGUGCGGGGCCUCACCCACGCCCGGCCCGACACUGCGACUAGCAUCGAGAUCCGCCAGCUGGUCGGGCAGAUGUAUUGCGAUGUCCAUCCCAUCUGCGCCUUCUACCAAGAAAAUGGGUGGAAUCAUCCCGGGUGGGUGGAACGCAAGGAGAUCCUCAAGGAGAAUCUGGGCACAGUCAAUGAGCUCGAGGAGAAGCUCGUUGCCGAAAUCCGAGGAGAUCGAUCAUGCACCCUUAUGUACACUAUGAUGCUCUGCGAGGUGUGCGCCUUGCGCAUGUUCAUCUACUGGGCUCUGCAGAGCGGGCAGCACGUCUAUGCAGCCAAAAAAUUCGUGCAGCUGCUGCUGGAGGUUGACAUCCUUGUCAAGGCAAAUGAGAGGCAGCUGCUUGCACAGUGGUAUACCACGCAGCUGACGCAUGCCAAGUCAUUCUACUGGAUGCACCACAUGUGCCAGUAUAUCCAGCAGCAUCCACACUGA